UUUAUGAUAUCUACAAAAUCUUGCAAAGAUAAGAAUUUUAAAAUAACGUUUUUUGUUUUUUUAAAAGGUUAAAUAUUUAAACAAUAGAUUUCCAUAACAAUAUUUAUUAAAUGAUGAAUAAUGUAAUCAUCAGACAAAGUCAUGCACUGAUGGCUAACUAAGGCGAAUUCGCAGAACUAAUUCGCCUUGGUUGUAAAUAAACAAACAUUGGGUUUUUAGUUGCAUAUUAACAUUGUUCAAAACUCUAACAAUUGGAAAAUGUGGGUUUUAACCAGACAUAAUAUUAAGCAACAUUGUCGAACAUGUCUGAAAAAAUUAAAGAUGCAAAAUGUGAAUUCAUUACCGCCACUUAGAGAUGAUGAAGAAUACAUAUCUGAGCAUAAAGACUUUGGCAUCGACAUUGCUGAUAAUGGAAUAAUUAAACUAGCUAUUGCACUGUGUUUGGAUGAUGGUUGGACUUUGCAAAAAACUGAGGCGGUCCAUAAAGAAUAUCCUGAAUGUAUAUGUAUACCCUGCUAUAAAAACGUACAUAGCAUAAUUUUGUUCCGACAACAGGUAAAGAGAUCUACAGAAAUGCUGCAGGAUCUACUUUGUGAACGAGCUGAUAAAUUUGAAAUUGGUGAUAUUGAAGAUGGCGACGUUAUAGAAAAAGGCACAGGAAGCGGCGAUGUCUUUAAUUUAUUGCUCAAAGAUACUCUUAUGGAAACUGAAUCAGUUAUGAUUGCAUGCGGAACAGAUAUAGCAGACAUUGACACACCAGUCCCAGACCCAGUUUCUGUGGCUAAAUCCAGUAAUAUUCAAAAAUCCGUAGAAGCGGAUGAUGACACGAAUAUGUGCGAGGAUAUUAAUAUUCAAGAGUGUAAAAAUUUCAAUCCAAAAUUUUCGAAUGAUGAUUUACUUAGAAGAUUUCCAAAGAAUUCCAAAAGAAGAAAUGACACCGAAUUUAAAACUCAAUUACAUAUUUUGACUACAGAUAAACGAGAUGUACGUUGUAGUAGCAAAAUUCAAAGAGAAUGUGCAGUUGCUAAAAUUAAUCGCGAAACUGUGGAAAGCAAUCAAAAGGGACUGGCGUUAGAUCAUUCGGAAAAAAAGACGAAACGCCGUAACAAAGGUACUAAAAACAAUUUCAAAUGUGAGCAGUGCAGUCAUAGCUUUGCCCAUAAAAUAACACUAGACGCUCAUAUACGUAAAGUACAUGAAGGCAUUAAACGGCCUUUUCAAUGUGAUCGCUGUGAUAAAUCCUAUUCUUUCUUUGGUGGUCUAUACACCCACAUAAAGGAAAUACAUGAUGCUGAGGUGCGAUCGUAUGCAUGCAAUAUACCAGGAUGCGAUCGUAUUUACACCAGUUUUAUUGCUAUGGAAAAGCAUAAGAGUUUAAAACACACAGAUACACCUUGCUUAAAAAAGUAUAUAUGUGAACAUUGUGGGGCAACAUUUAAUCAAUCUGGUAAUCUCAAAUACCACCGUCGCACAAAGCAUCCUACGGAAGCGGAACAAGCCGAAAAAAACCAUUUGAAAGAACGCUUUGAAUGCGAUAUAUGCAAAAAGCAUUUUCAUUCACGUUACACACUUAAAUAUCACACCUUACAACUGCAUUCGAACGAAAUGAAGUAUGAAUGUAAUAUUUGUGGUCGCCGUAUGGCAAAAAAGUUUAUGCUUGUCCAACACAUGUUGGUUCAUUCUACCGACAAAAUGCCAUGCAACCACUGUGGUCGGCAAUUUAUUAGAAAAUUCGAGUUGGAGGCACAUAUUAAAGCAGUGCACAUGAAACUGAAGCCUUUCGAGUGCCAAUAUUGUUUAGAGUGUUUUGCUUCUAGAAAAACUUUACGCCAUCAUGAAUACAUACAUACAGGAGAAAAACCAUACGUAUGUGAUGUAUGCGGGCAGGCAUAUCGACAGCAGACAUGUCUAAAAAAUCAUCGUAAGUCGCACGAAAAUUUACAUUCUGAUGAGAAGCCCCCACCUGAUGUUGGUCAAGCUUUAUAUAAUGCUAUCUUGGCUCCGCCUAUGCAGUGCCCUAAUAAAUCGAUUGGAAAUAUUGAUAAAAGUUAACUUUGUUAGGUAUUAAAAAAAUUGCAGAACAUUUGUGAAAUUCGAAUAAAAGCUUCUAGACACUUGGUUGCGGAACACCUGCGAUAUACAAGAAGUAUAUUUCCUUUAAAUACAUAUAUAAUUAUUAUGUAAUUUGAAUACAUUUAAUUUGUUAUAGAAUAGAUUUUAUUUACCUUUUA